AUGGCUAACCCUGCGCCGCGUCUUGCCGACAUGGUAGCCAAUGUCAGACUACAGGUCAUCCAAGCUUUCCGAAAUUUGCCAUUCGUACCUCCAGCGAACCAGGGAGCUGGCCGCCAGCAACAGAUUGCACCGGUGACGGUGGCCAAUUGGUUGGGCAUACCACCAGCGAACGAUGUCAUGGCUACGGGUGCCGAGGGAGUAGUACAUGUCUGGUGCGAUGUCCAUCCCACCACCCGCAUAAUACGCGACCGGGUCGUUGUCAAACGUGUGGUCUCAGGCCAGGUUCGUUACGAGGAUACAGUCAAUUGGGUUGGCGGUAAUGUAGGAGGAGAACCUCUGGAAUGUCAUUACGCCAACCAAGUUUGGGCAGCCAUGCCUGCGGCCGAUCGACAGCAUAUUCAAUCAUGUUUGGGCUGGGGAGAUGUGGUUCCGACACAUGCGCCUGCGGCUCAACAGACCUAUCAAUACAAACUUUAUCACGAGUACUGUUCACAGAGCAGUUUGAACAGAGUCAUGAAGACUACUCAACCAAGGAGGAAAAGAAAGGCNGCAAUGAAGAAGGGCCGUAAACAACUCCCCGAGCCAUUUUUGUGGUAUAUGUUCGAAUCUUUGGCNAAGGCUUGUGACGCCAUGAACAGAUCAUACCCUCAUGUCGGCCUGGUACACCAGUACNNGGACAUGCAUCCAGGAAACAUCUUUUUCGGCGAUCCCGAUCCGAACAGAUUCGCGAAGUAUCCAGUGCUCAAGGUGGCCGACUUUGGCAGUGCCCGUGAACUCACUGGUCCGGUGAGGAGCCGCGGUCCUAUCGUCCAGAAUGAUCCUGUCUGUCUACCAUUUGCAGCACCAGAGAACUCAUGGAUUCAUCCACUCCCCGCCCAUGGGCCAUUCGCUUGGGAGGCUCCGAACAUGAGGCUCACCAUGAAAACAAACAUAUACCAAGCUGGUCUUAUCAUGGCCUCGGCAAUGAGACUCAAACAGCCUCUCCCGGAGAACGACUGGAGGAUUCCGCCACCAAAUUAUCAAGUCCCGCAAGCAAACCAGUUGCAUCAUGAUAGUGGUCCGCCGAUAGCUCCACCAGUAGCUCCGGCAGGAGGUCCGGCAGCAGGCCCGGCGGUAGGUGUGCGGGAACUGUCAAGAGACCAACUGAACCCAGGUCCGAANAAAUACAGUGCUGCCCUUACAAAUCUGGUUGCGCAAUGUCUCAGUCGUCGCCACCAGCAGCGUCCUACGGCAAAUCAAUUACUGCAGAGAAUACAGACGCAGCAACAGCAGAAUGGAAUCUUCCAAGGGAUGGAUGCGAUAACAUUGGCAAGUGGUCCCUUGACUACAGCGGAGAAAGCCCUUUGCAUAGACAUGGUUCCGGAUAGAUAUGCGAUCACCAAUAGAUUCUAA